UCUUCAUGCCUCGGAAUUUUCACGACUGCAAAAACUAACAAAAAACUGCUUUGGUACUCCUCGAAUACAGAUAUCUGCAUAAUAAUACUAGUACGAAUAAUAAUAAUAAUAAUAAUAAUAAUAAUAAUAAUAAUAAUAAUAAUAAUAAGCAAUGAAUGGCGUUUGUAUGCCUUCUGCUACGCCGCUGAUAGGCUCAGGUCAACGGGACUGUCUGUACUCUGCCCCCCGGGAAAGAAGCGAGCAGCGAAGGGCUCUCCGUCUGGUUAACAUGCCCUUUGAGAAAGGACCAGAAAAUAGGCACCAUGUUGCCAGCUUUCUCGAAAAGGGCAGUCCGUAUUUCGCCAAAUUUAACCCGUAUGCCUCACCUCCUGCAGACAAGUGUUCGUUGGCCCCUCUCCGAGAUGACGUUCCCAUUGUGGAUCCCUGCUCUGGGUUUGUGAGUACUGGAGCUGAUGCAGACCUGCAACCCGGCGGCAGAAAUAUCCCAAUUCUGGGGAGCUAUAAAUCCAAUGAGUACGGUGUGAAGGGGAGGCCACAGACACUACCGACCAGACCUUCGUCCUGGGAAGGUGAGCAGGCUGAGGAAAAGCGCUGGAAUUCAAGGGCUGUGUCCGAUGCCUAUCGAAGAGCCAGGCUCGGAGGUUGGACAAGCCCUGUGCGUGUUCUCCCUGCUCCACCAAGAUUCCCUUGCAAUCUAACAAGCAAUACGUUCUUUUUCAAUGUAGCUCCUGCAACAAAGGAUGGAUCUUUGAGGAACUGGAGGGAAGAGCUUGCAAAGAAAUAUAUGUAUACAUCUUCCACACAGAGGAGUUAUGAAGAUAUUGAAUGGGACUCAAAGCUGCCUCCUAGAAAAAAAACACCUGCUUCAACAUUUGAGAAGAUGGCCGAUCCUGUUAACCAGUAUUUUACUCUGCAGAGAUAUGAGCCUGCAGCAGAAACUUGGCAGGUGUUAGGUGGACUUUGGGACAGAUUCCAAACAAGAACACCUAAUGCAGUAAGAAAACCAAUCACAUUCAUAAACCCUUGUUCAAGAAUUUGCCACAUCCCACUCUACAGUGGUUCUACUGGGGCUGAGAAUUUAGAAGACGUGGACAAUUCCGAAAAACAGUUUGUGCCUUUUACUGUGCUGAGAACACCACAGCCCCGAUACACAGAAACAGCUCAACGUCCAAAUAUUCCUGGUUACAAAGGCAAAGUACAUUUUACAGCCAUCCAUCCUUUUAACCAGUGCCCUCCAACUCUUCCUACUACAGCUCAAGUGCAUCGGUACAUACCGAACAAUGGAAGCCAAUCUCCAAAUAAACACCUGGGCCCCCUCUCCAGAAUGGUUACCACUGUCCCACCAUGCAAUGCCUUCACCAAAGGGGCGGAAGAAUAAAUCUUCCCUAAUCUGACACCGGCUGUGAUCAAGAAAAAUAAAAUAACCCGGAUGGAAAGUGAAUUUUGUUUCCAAUGAAACACAAUUUAUAUAUAGUACUGUGCAAAAGUUU